CGACCGCUCGGGAGGGAUUCGCGCGAGUUUCGUGCCGAUCCUCCUCGUCUAUUCAGUCCUCGCUCACCAGCCAGCCUCGUUCGAGCUUGUCUAAUGUUCUCGAGGAUCGUUCGUUCGAUAUCCAGCCCUGAAGACCCGUCGACAGUGUUUUUUCCUCUCGAAUCAUAAAUUCAUUAAAAAUCCUCUAAACUCGUUCAUUCACUUGCUAAUUCGGAGCUUUUUCGCUCCCCUUUUUUCCCACGGUCGAAAUCGUUCUCUCCUCGUAACAGUGAGCGUUGAAUACAUUCGGCAGAUCGGUGAUAUAAUCCGAGUUUCCAUUCACUCCAUUUCCGCCGAGCGAUAAACACACACGUGCCGGAUCAUUUGGCUCUCGCAUACACUUAUAAGCGCAUAUUCGCGCGUACGUCAUCGAGUUAAGUGAGUGUGACCAUCGCAAUAUUUUAUUUCUUACAUGCCGAACUGAAAGUUUCAUCAAUUUCGUUGCUUCGAUCCCGUUCCUAUAUUAUGCGCGCGAGUUUCAUUCAAACCAGCAUUUUUCAAACUCUUUCGGAAGCUCGUGCUCCGAGUACCGUCGAGUUUGUCCCGUUCGUAGACUCCUGCGAGUGUGAAAGUUCCUUCGAAAACAGGACGCUCAGUUUUUCGAUCGCACCUUCCAUAAUAUUUGGCUACGAGCUCGAAGAUCACAACGAAUUCGUCGAGGCUCCGAGAGUUCGAAAUCGAGACUCCGCGAACUUGUCGGGCAACUGGGAAGAGGCACAUCCGGUAAGCACGAAAACUUCGGUCCUGGAAUCCACGGCUGCAUCUGCAGCCUGUCGACAUACCGAUCUUGGAGGUAAGAAGAAAUCUGUCGCGACCGUACCGGCCGGUGAUAAGUUUCCCGAGCGUGGCUCCGAUCGACAAAGCGGAUUUCUAGUCGUCGGUGACACCAGAGGACAUCGGCAACGAAGAUCUUCGCCUGAUCUUUCGUCGAUGGGCACAGAGGGAAUCUUCCGAGACCAACUUGUUCGUCUUCUUCGAGGAUAUUUUAACGAAAGUCAAUAAAAUGAGCUGCGCCUAAUGAAUGCUGGGUCGACGAUAAGUCCUCUGAUAUUUUCCAGGUUCGGAAGCGACAUUCUAUUAAUCCUGCGAUAAUUAAAUUUAACGAUUCUCGUGUUAAAUAAACGUUCGGGCUUAUCGGCGGUCGCGCGAUUGCUGGCGUUAAUUAGAUGAAGAUAAAUUCUCGAUUCCGGGAAUACAUACGGGGUCCGAGAGGGCUUCGCAUGGAGCGUAGAUAGAGUUGGUAUCUCGGGAUGAGAUUGCUUUUAUAAGGCAGCGAGUUUAAAAGUGGUGAUUUGGAGCCAGCACGGAGAUGACAGUGACUGUCAUUCAGUCGCGAGUUUCUUUAUCCCUCUUUCGUGCUCUUUCCCUUUUCGUGCGUUCGUAGAUAUCCGCGAGGUAUAUUCGCCCGGAAUUGAGCGCGAUGGAAAUAUCUCGGGAAGCCUCCGGCCGCGGGUGCGAUCUUCGAUGGGGAGACGAAACGGAGAGAAAGAGUUUAUGGAAGGAAAUGGUGCUCCGAACGGAUCACCAUAAGGUCAUAAGUCACUCCGUAUCUUUAUCGCGGCCCCCAUGUAUUGCCGCCAGGCCUUGCCAUCGCUCUAUCUUCGCCUCACAUACGCGCACGAUAACGCACGUGCAAAAUAUCGUUUUAUACGACCCUCUCGCGCGUCUCGUUAACCGAUUCCUAAUUCAAGGGUCGCUUCGAUAUUUUAAUCGUUUUUUUUUACAUCAUUUCCUUUCUUCUUGGAUUUUAUUGUCCUCGCGAUUCGUUCGAAGCGAAACGAAAUUCUGCGCUCAAAGUCGAUUGAAAUUUUCACUUGACAAGCCACUCGACAGCUUCUGUUAAGGUAGCUUGUGCACGAAACGAUUUUCUUAAGAAAGUCUUGACAUUUACGCAGAGUUUGAACGAGUGAACGACUGACACGCGUAUCAAAUUUUAAAGACUUCGUCUUAUUGGUUAUUUAGAUAAACGAGCGCAAAAAGUCGUUUAUCUUUCCAUCUAACGAAUGAACGCUUCUCACGAAGUUUAUAAAAAAACGUGCACAAUGACCAAUGACAAUGAAGUAUAUGAUGAAGGUUUGGAAAAAAAUUCGAGACGAUUGUAUUAUUAGUAAUAAAAAUAUAUUACCUUACUCGCAA